AUGUCAUCGUCCAACUACCGACUUAACGACGGUGUGUAUAUUCAUGGUCUAGCUGCUCGAGGAGUUCAUUACCUACACCGGCCGGGGCCAACGCUUCAGGAUCUUGGCUUCUUUCUUCUUCCGGAGCUUGGGCAAGAUAAAGCUUACAUCAGCGAGACGGUGUUCGGCUUCAUCUUUCUAUCAUUUUUCUUGUGGACUUUCCAUCCUUUUGUCUUCAAGGUCAAAAAGUUCUAUACAGUUCUAAUUUGGUGCAGGGUGCUAGCAUUUUUAGUUGCUUCUCAGACUCUCCGAAUCUUCACAUUCUAUUCUACUCAGCUUCCUGGUCCUAAUUAUCAUUGUCGAGCGGGUUCAAAGCUUGCCAGAUUGCCAAAACCGGAUGGUGUGCUAGAAGUCCUCUUAAUCAAUUUUCCUCAAGGUUUAACAUAUGGUUGUGGUGACUUGAUUUUCUCAUCACACAUGAUCUUCACCCUGGUCUUCGUCAUCACCUACCAAAAAUACGGCACACGACGAUGUAUAAAGCAGUUUGGUUGGCUGGUAGCUAUAAUUCAGAGUUUCUUGAUCGUAGCAUCCCGCAAACAUUACACGGUUGACGUAGUCGUCGCAUGGUAUACUGUUAGUUUAGUGGUGUUCUUCAUAGACAAGAAAUUGCCAGAACUGCCCGACAGAAGUAAAGGAAGUUCACCUCUUUUGCUACCGUUGAGCACCAGAGAUAAGGAUAAGCGGAGCAAAGAAGAUGCCAAUGCAAACCAGGUAGACACUGCAAUGAAUAGUUCGUAGAUCGACCGGAAGCCGAUGGUAUCGCCAUCGUGGGGCCGCUUGUAACCUUAUGAUGUUGGAUUAAGGAGGCUUUAUGUUCUUCCAGGAAUGGUAAGAAUUUCAUUUGUAAAUCUCGAGAAAACAGAGCUUGACAUUGUUUUGGUUUAAAAUCAUCAGCAUCCACAUGUAUAUGCUGUUGUUCCCUUUCUCAUGUUUAUAGUUUAAUU